AAAAAAAGCUGCCUCGAACUGCAGGAUAGAAAAUACCACGAAGCAGCAGCUUUAGCCUAGAAAGAUUGUAUUCUUAGAAAGCCUCGAUCCGUUUCAGCCUUUUAACUUUCGCGCGUCCCGAAGCGGCGAGGGGGAUUUUUCGCUUUCCCCCUUCGCGCGAGCCGCUCUGAGGGGAAUCUUGGCGGGGAUCUUUUUUGGUUUUCUGAGGGCGGGCGCGGAGGACCCGAUUUCCCGCGGCUGCGGGGCCCCGGCUUCCCCAGGGAAUCUCUCUCGCCCGGCCGGAGGGAAGGCGGGGAGCGGGCGGAUCCCGGGCAAAGCAGCCGCCGCCGCCGCCAUCCAGCCUCCCUUCCUGCUCGGCCCGGGUCACUUCCGCGGCCCCCAAGAUGGAGGAGCUGCCGGAGGAGGAGCGCGAUCCGCGGCUGAGGCUGAGGCGGCAUCUCGCGGGGCAGCAGCAGCAGCAGCAGCAGCAGCCGCCGCCGGGCCCGGGCGAGGCCGGUAGGUCUCCCCCUUAGGAGGGAAGGAAGGAAGGAAGGCCGCCCGGGAGGAGCCGGCCUUGAUAAGCCGGGAAGUGGAGCAAAAUAAAGCGCGGGGUGAAUCCUGGGCGCGGGGCUCUCCCCCCCCGCCCCACGCGCGCCUACUCGGAAGUAAAUCUCGCUUUGCGCCGCGGCGCUUGCUCCGGGGUAAAUGCGCCUGGGCGCGAGCCGAGCACCUGAAAUUAUUCCUGUGCAUUUAUAAUUCAUACCCCGCCAUUUUCCCUGACAGGAACCCGGGAUAAAACUAGGAACAGCUAAAAACCUCGGGGGUGGGGAAGUAGCUAUCACUGCAAAACAAACAAACAAACAAGUUGCACGCCGAUAGAAUCAAAACUACAUAUGUGGGUGUGCUGUGAAAACCAUACAAAUAACUGCAAUAAUAAAAAUGGCAGGGCACAAGCGACUCUUGAUAAAAGCAGCCACUUCCCCAAAACUUGUUGGGAUAAGAAGGCGGCCGAGGAGGGAGCCGUCCAGCUUCUCCAGGCAAAGUUGCCCGGGAGGGAGCCUCCCCCCCCCCAGGAGUCCCUCUCCCUUUUCCCCACCAAGGGGGGCGGGACGGAGAUCUCAACAGGCCUGGCAGGGCAGGCAGUAUUUCAGGCCCCUUGGACCCAAGCCAUAGAGGGCUUUGGGGGAGGUCAAGUAGAUGCAUUUAAGUGUGCAUUUAAGGCCAUGGAAAGGGACGCGGGGGGCACUGUGGGUUAAACCUAGAGCCUAGGGCUUGCCAAUCGGAAGGUCGGCGGUCCGAAUCCCCGCCACGGGGUGAGCUCCCGUUGCUCGGUCCCAGAUCCUGCCAACCUAGCAGUUCAAAAGCACUCAAAGUGCAAUAGAUAUAGAGGAGGGAGAAAGGUUGUUUUCUGCUGCUCCAGAGAAGCGGACACGGAGCAAUGGAUCCAAACUACAAGAAAGAAGAUUCCACCUAAACAUUAGGAAGAACUUCCUGACAGUAAGAGCUGUUCGACAGUGGAAUUUGCUGCCAUGGAGUGUGGUGGAGUCUCCUUCUUUGGAGGUCUUUAAGCAGAGGCUUGACAACCAUAUGUCAGGAGUGCUCUGAUGGUGUUUCCUGCUUGGCAGGGGGUUGGACUCGAUGGCCCUUGUGGUCUCUUCCAACUCUAUGAUUCUAUGAUUCUAUGAUUCUAGAUAAAUAGGUACCGCUCCGGCGGGAAGGUAAACCGCGUUUCUGUGUGCUGCUCUGGUUCGCCAGAGUCCUGCUGGCCACAUGACCCGGAAGCUGUACGCCGGCUCCCUUGGCCAAUAAAGUGAGAUACCGCAACCCCAGAGUUGGCCACAGCUGGACCUAAUGGUCAGGGCUCCUUUUACCUUUAAGGCCAUGGAACAGGACCUGCGCAUGAAAUGCAUUGAGGCCCUUGGAAUCCCAGCGCAGCUUUGAGGACCUUCCAAGCUGGUCUUGGAAGAGGGGUUUUAGCCUCACUUGGCAUACCCUGCCGUCAUUUCUGGCUCCAGGGGGGUGAGGAAGGCUAAGGGGCUUGUUUGUGUGGUGGUCAGUGGCUGCGGCCCUUGCAGCGCUGCUGCCACCCACCACUCAGAGGCAGCCAAGGUGUUGGUCCGCGGGUGCACCGAGGGUACGUCUUGGAGGACCAGCACUCUGCCACCCAGCACCGGCCAUUGUCAUCAGAGCCAAAGAGGGAAGCUAGGAUUGUUUGGCAAACCCAGCUGUGGCUGGCGCUCCUGCUUGAAAUGCCCUUGCCACCUACCACCCUGUUUCAGCGUCCCUUUCAGAGGACUUGCUUCUGUGCUGGGCAGAGGAGAUGCUUCUCAGGUCACUUCUGCUGCUCGCUAUGCCAAGAGCUUCAGUUUUACCUCCUGUUCCCUGGGCGACGAUCACCCUCCGUAGCUUCCUAGCUCAGUGUGUUCACGAGGGAUACCUUUGCUUUUAUCUCCCAGCCCAAACAGAAGAUGAAAAGUGAGGUUUGGCUAGCUAUCAUUGGUAAAGGGCAAUGGAUGACUCACCAUGGCAAGGAGUCGUGCUGAGUGGAAGUGUUGGAGACUGCCGGGAGGCAGCCCCUCCUGAAGGGGUUCCCUGAUCCGGUAAAGGAGGUCACAUGCCUGGGCCCAGCUCUGGAAGUGAAGGUCUUUUGUCCUUUUUCUGAUAUAUUACUCACCCUUCAUCAUAGCAUAGGGCGGGUCAGCCAUUAAAAAAUACGGCAAGAGGUUAAGUCAAAAGAAUAGGGUGGGUCUUAAAAUACAUAUCUCAAGCAUCAGGGCUGGCCCACCCAUGAUGUAGAUCUUCACUCCUCCCUUCUUCCCUGACAGGGAGUCAGGGGGUCUUCCUCAGUUGCCAAAAUGUCUUGGGUCAGUCCUGUCAACUGUCCAAGGCCAGAGGACAGGUCUGUGCCUUCAGCAUACUGUGUAAUGAAGAUGCCAGCUGUGGGGAGGGAAUUCCACAACUUAGGGGCCGCCCAGAGAAUGUCCUCUCCCAGGCCACUACCCCAUACUUCUGAGGGCAGUGGAACUAUCAAGAGUGCCCACUCUGCUUCUCUUAACGCCUAAGGGGGUCUUGUAGGGAAGGAGGUGUUUUUUUCAGGUAUCUGUGACCAAAGUCACUUAGGGAUUUAAAACUAAAUCCCUUGAAUUGAGCCUGGAAACUUACAGGCAACUAAUGCAGCUGUUUUAAAAGAGGUGUUAUAUGAGUUCUAAACGGAACCCCUAGCCAGCAAUCCGGCCGUUUCAUUUUGGACCAGUUAAAGCUAGGACAGUAUUCCUAGCCACAAAAGCCUCCUGAGCCUCCUGUUGGAUCCAGGAGUACCCCAAACUACAGUUAACCCCUUAGACCUUAGAGGUUACUGAACGUUCAAAGCCAUCCAGGUACUUAUGGAUUGAUUUAUUACACUGAAAAUAUGUAGCAAUAUAUUGGCUUAACCUCUUGUCAUAUAAUAGUUUCUGCUGUAUUUCAGGCCGCCAGCAAAGUAUAUUGUCAACAAUAUGUUAUGACAAGUGGGAACUUGUGAUAAACUAAUGGCUGCAAGGGUGUGGGAAAGGAGGAAGGAGUUACUCAACCCCCACCUUUUUGCGCCUUCCUUUCCACAGGUAGGUCCCUCUGCCACAUGACUCAGAGGUACCCACUACCACUUUUGUCCCCAAGCCAUGUAGAUUAUUCCACUGAGUGCACACCCUGCUUUGCCUGCACCAGAAUAAAUAGACCACCCUGCUGCCAAAUGCCUAUGAUUAAGAUGAGCAGAGCAUUGAGAAGUCAUGUAGAUUUCAAGGCCCACUGGGAUGAGUUGAUAGGCAUUUGCACUGCAACAAAGAAUGAUUUAGAAACCUGGUGUGCAUGUUUUACUUCUGUAAGGUGGUGUCUCGUUUAAUGACGUAUGCAAAAUAAUGGCGGUUUUAUUUACAGUUGAAACUACCAGCGUAGAGAAGAAGGAGAAGCCGCUUCCCAGACUUAACAUUCACUCUGCAUUCUGGAUAUUGGCAUCAAUAGCUACUACAUACUACAUUGAAUUUUUUAAAGUUGUUAAAGAGAUUAUUCAGCAAGAAAGGUAAGGAGAAGAGGUGGUGGGUUUUUUUGGUGGAGGGUUUACAAGUAGAAGUUACACAAAGGUAUUUACAGUACAAAGUCAGUUGGAUUCUCCCUAAACUUUAUUGUAGAUUAAUCAGUAUAACAUAACAGUAAGAAAUAUAAUUUAAAAUACUUGAAACAUCUGUGUGAGGGGGAGGAGAGAUCCAUCCUCGUUGCUAAGAACAGCAGUGAGUGAAAAUGGCAGUUCCUCAUUGUCUUCUUCUAUUCUGAUCUGAUAAAAGAAAUAUGGAGUAAUUUUGGUGCAGCUUUCUCAGAUCAGAUACCCUCUAUGCUUCAACCCCCAUCCCAUAUACCUUUCUAUUUAUACAGUAAGACACCCAUCUGAAACCAGCACUGUUUUAUGUAGAAAUGUGUCCUAACAUCUAAUACGAGUGGAGUUUAUAUUUUAGGAGAGCUUCUCCGCAUCUGGCACCCUUUGCUUACUUCAAAGGGUUUGUGAUUGAAAUUUGACAUUUUUUGUUUAGGGCUCCCCUACACUCUGUCAGGAUAAAUCCCAGCAUUGCUUUUAGUUCUGCAUGAGCAGACACGUGUGUCUUAGCAAAAAGUAGUCGGAUAACCUAUUAAGAAUUUCCAUUCCCUAGCUAGCCUUCCUUCCCAUCUCCUGUUCUGCUUUCUCUCCUGUCGUACAAUGACUGAACAAUCAGUGCUGCCUGCCAACUUUGUUGAUUAAAGAAGCCCCGUGUCUAAGAAUUCCACAUACAGAAAGUGAGGACCUCUUCUCAAUAGGGAGCCAGUUAGAAGUUGGAGUACUGCAAAAUUUGGAUGCAGUAGCAGAAGGCAGAUAAGGUAUGUUGCUUCCUGCAUCUUAAGAGAGGCCUGGCUUGGAGCACAAUCUGAUCUGAGGCAAUGUUAAAUUCAAUGUAUUUUUGUUUUUAACAUUAUUAAAGCACAUUUUCUCUUUCUCUUGCAGCUGGUGGUUUAUACUCGGCAUUUGCUUAUUGAUUAUCAGUUUGUCUGUGGCCUUUUAUUGCAUAAUAUAUCUUGAGUGGUAUCAUGGAAUCGAGGACUAUGAUGCCACCUACCCUGUGCUGAUACCUAUAACAACAGCUAGUUUUAUUGCGGCAGCAGUUUGGUAAGUUGGUGGGUAAGAGAUACUAGUUUUCCAGGCUUGCAUUGCUUCUAAAAAGUCUGUGUGUUAAAUGAUGAGGGAAAGGUGUUACAUAUGGACCCCAGAUAGGAGUAAUAGCAGACCACACACAUAUUUGUUCUUCUGAAAAUAUGCAAUGGCUGCCUGUCUGUCUUGUGUGGCUGGCUGAGAAUUGCUUCAAUUAUGUAGGAAACAAUGGUCUACUUCUGCGCAUGGAAGCAGGUAGAUGGGCUCUCCCUGCCCAAGCCAUGGGGGAGGUGGCCAGUCCACUCCUGGGGGUGCCAGGGUCCUACGUGCCAUAACAAAACUUUGCCUUGAAGACUCUGGACACCGAGACAUAAGUUUCAAAUAUAUGUGGAUAUCUUCUGCACAUUGUACACCUCUUCUUCUGGAAACUAUGUGUAAAGGAAUGUUCUCAUGGUAUCUCAGUUCAAAUAUACUGUGAAACUUGUCUCACUUUGGGAUUUGGCUGGUUCUCAAAUUGCCUGUACUGUAAUAUGAUAUACUGCUUGCAACAUAUGCAACAUGUUUCUCUCUCUUUCUUUUCCCAGUUUUAACAUUUCUUUAUGGCCCAUAUGGUCUUUCCUCACACCUGUGGUGCUCUUUGUCCAGUUCAUGGGUAUUGUGAUGCUUGUGUCGCUCCUGGGCUAAAUCUUUUAUGGUAAGGCAUUGUAAUGAUACACAUAUCUAAGCAUGCCUCUUUUGAGUUAUGUGAUGUACAGUGGAACCUUGAUUUUCGAACAUCUUGGCUGUGAACGUUUCGGAAGCCGAACGCCAAAAACCCAGAAGUGAAUGCUUCGGUUUUCGAAUGCACCUCGGAAGUUGAAUGGCUUCCGAUGCGCGUUUCUCAUUUUUCUCCACUCACUUUGCCAACAGCCCUUUGAUUCUUGGUUUUUGAACGUUUUGGAAGUUGAAUGGACUUCUGGAACGGAUUAUGUUUGAAAACUGAGGUUCCACUGUAUUUGCUUUCUGAAGUAUUUUCAUUCCUAACAAGGACUCUGAAGUUGUAGCUGAAUGUGAGAAGAUUUGAUUGCCUGCAGGACUAGACUGUGAGAUGGGAUGACAUAAAAAUCAACCCGAGCAUUUAAGAAAUUAUUCCAGCUCUGCCUAGAGAUCCAAGGAUUUAAUUUAGGACCUUUUGUAUGCAAGUUAUGUGUUCUGCCACUGAGCUACAGCCGGUUUGUGGCAAUGGCUCUGCAGUUAUGAGACAGCCGUACUGGGUGAUAUAUUUGAAUAACUUGAUUAUCAAAACUUUUAUUAUAGUUUUUUUAAUUAAAAAUAUGUCUUUCUUUUAUAUAGUGGUUGUUGUAAUAAUGUGUUUCUGUGUUUCAGUUAAGGCAUGGGAAACAUGUGACCCUGCAGAUGUUGUUGGACUCCAGCUUUCACCAUCCCCAGCCAUCAGGACCAGUGGUUAGUCCAACAACACCCGGAAGGACACAGGUUCCUCAUCCCUAUUUUAAAUGUUCUGUGUUACCUUGGUCUUCUAAAUGGGGAAAGGGGUUGUGUUCAGUAUGGGUUGCUAGAUGUUUACUAGUAAAACUGACAGAAGGUUUGCCAGUAAACCUUGUAUAAAAUACAGUCAACCUUGAUGGAAAAAGACAAAACAGAAAGGUGCUGUUUUUUGCAAGGCGGGGUGGAACAUUGGAUGAUAUCCAACUCACACUCUUGAGUAAGCCUAUUAAAAUCAAUGGACUUAAGUUACCUGUCCAUUGAUUUUGAUGGUUCCCCUUGUGAGUAUGUCUAAUAUUGCAUACCACCCCCUGUCUAAGUUGGCCCGUCAUAAGUAGUAAUAGCUUUUGUAUUAUAAAGAGCUUUAAUUGUCUUUUUAGGACUACUGAGUGUUUUUGUGCUUAUUUCAUUUUUCUUAAAUUUUAGAUUUCUAGACUCUGCAGAGUUAUAAAAUUAAUUAGUUUUACAAUGAACGUGAGAUACUUGUUAAGUAUAAAGAUACAGCUUGGUUUAAAUGUAUAAAUUUCUAUUUUUCACUGUACACUACCAUAUUUUAGAAAAGUAAAUGGUGGACCUUCCAGCAUACGUACUUGGAUAUACUGGGAUCCUGGGAUGAAGACCUGCAAGCCGAUCUCAAGCAACUUGUGUUUAAAACUUCUAUUGUUAAACUUGUUUUGUGUUUAAUAGGGACACUUUUACUUUGAACUAUGAUCUUAAACUCGGGAUAUGACUCAAUGAAAUGCUAACAGAACAGUUUUGCUAUUGUUCUGGCAUAGCUAUUGACUUAACCUAUAUUAAAGUGUAUCACAGGAAAUCAUAAUUGAUUAUGUUUAAGAAGUUAAUAAUAGGGACACAUUUCGCCCUUUAAAAAAAUAAUUAUGUUCAUGAUACCUUUGAGAGCAAUGAAAAUAGUAAAUCUUCAAAUUGCUGAAUGAUUAGUUGUUUGAAUUUUUAAAUAUUAUAUAAGCACAUAAAUAAAUCAAAACUAUAAUAUAUUUAACCACCCGCCCUGUGGAACGCCCUCUCACCAGAUGUCAAAGAAAAACAACUACCAGACUUUUAGAAGACACCUGAAGGCAGCCCUGUUUAGGGAAGCUUUUAAUGUUUGAUGGAUUACUGAUGGAUGGAUUGAUGAUUGAUGGAUUACUUUGUUGGAAGCUGCCCAGAGUGGCUGGGGAACCCCAGCCAAAUGGGCAGGGUAUAAAUAAUAAAUUAUUAUUAUUAUUAUUAUUAUUAUUAACCAUGUGACAAAACAUGUUCUGCUUUUUGUGCUACAAUCUUGUGCAGAGGUGUCUUGUAGACCACAGUAGAGCUUUGUUUCCAUUUUCCCUUGGAGCAUGUGUGCAUGGGCACUCCGUAUCCUAGGCGGUAUCCUAGAGAAUGCGAAACAGGUGUGUGCUUCUCCAGCCCUCCCAGUUCACGUUCCUUGAUUGAGAGGUGCAUUUCCUGUGAUGGCCUGGCAAGCUGUCUGCACUUGUGCCAAGGAAGAAGCAGGCAGGGGAACAUAAGGGUCUGAUAAGCCCUAUGGGAUUCCUCCAGACAUGGCAACUGCAGUAGGGCCAGCAGGAAACAGAGUUUUUACUAUCUGGUGGUAUGGUAUUAUUUAACAAUUUAAUAUGUUUCAUCUUUUGAUAACAUUCUAUCUGGAGGCCUAUUGGUUAAAGCAAAAUUAGGUUUAUCUUUAGCAAGGUUUUUAUUUAUUUAUUUCAUGAAAUUUAUACACCGCUUGAUUGUAAAAAACCAAAACAAAACCCAAAGCGGUUUGCAAAAGAUAGAACAGUAAAAUCAAGAAAAAAUUACAAGCCUGCUUUUAAACAUACAAAGGUUAAAAUUACUACUUAAUCAAGAAAUCCAUGAAGGGGUUACAUUAAACAGGGUUUAUAAAAUCUUAAGUUAUGUAAGAGUUUUGCUAGUGUAAAUUUGACAUUUGAGUGAAAUUCGUUUAAAUUUAGUAUUAUAAUGUAUUGCUGUUGUGGCUAAAAGUAGUUGACUUGCAAAGCUGCUAUCACUUUUUUUUUUUUGAAAAAAACAACCCCAGGCCCCUCAUAAUUAUAUGUAUUUGAACUACAGUGGUACUUUGGGUUACAGACGCUUCAUGUUACAGACUCCGCUAACCCAGAAAUAGUACCUUGGGUUAAGAACUUUGCUUCAGGAUGAGAACAGAAAUUGUGUGGCGGCGGUGCAGCGGCAGUGGGAGGCCCCAUUAGCUAAAGUGGUACCUCAGGUUAAGAACAGUUUCAGGUUAAGAACGGCCCUCCAGAAUGAAUUAAGUUCUUAACCCGAGGUACCACUGUAGAUGAUAUGACUAUUCAGUAUGAAGAAGGUUAAGUGUAAACUUCAGGACACGUUAUUAAAGAGGAGCUAAAUCUGGAUUUAGAGAGGAGCUGCAAAAAGACUGCUUAGCUCAUGAGGUUGCUUGUUGGCCAAUCUGUUAAAGCAGACGUAAGAGAACUUCCAGCCCAGGGGCCAGAUGUGGCCCUGCUAGCUUCCAUAUCUGGCCCUUGGGGCUUUCCCUGGGUGAUACUCCUCACUGGCCCCAUUCUGCACCUCCAAGGUUUUUGCCUGGCUGGAACGUGUCUUUGAAUGCACAUAAUGCCUAACUGUGCCAGCCACUGUCAUGUGGCUCUCAGAAGAUUGCACAGACUGGAAUGUUGCCCUGCAAAGGCUGGAAAAGGUUCUCCAUCCCUGUGUUUAAAGCAAGUUGAGCAGCACUAGAAAGCCAUUAUUUAAACAGUGGUUUGAAUGCAGAGUGGUUCUGUAAUUCUUUUCCAAUACCCAUCUUGUAGACAGGCACAUUGGAAACACUUAAAAUGAAGAAGUUGGAUGCAAGUCCAUUUGUUGCCUGACCUAAACACCGUGCAUGCUGAUUUCAACGAGGACUUGCAAGUUAACCUGUCUAGGAGAAAUUCCUAUCUAUUUUCCUGAAGUUGCAGCACAUUUACGGUAACCUGUUAAAGUCUUACAGUACUGAUGAUACUUAUUAAAGAUAAAAUGAGCGCUCAAGUACAGUUUACUGUACAGAAUAGUUGGGAGACUGGUUCAAUAGUAUACUCUGCUGGUAUAACUCUCACAAGCUCUUGAAACUGCGACACUGAGCUGCCUAAUAAGUCCAUUCGAAGUUUUCAGAGAAGAGGUGAGCCUCUUGACAGCUACCAGUCUGAGCUAGUGGUAUUCAACUCUGCUCCCUGUCCACUUACCCUUCACUCUCCCCUUGCUGCCCUGCUCCCCCAACCCUUGCUGAACAUUAGGGCUGGGCAAUAUCAGGUAUUCAGCCUCAUGAGGUGCUGGGGUGAAACGGCUGCCUCCAGCGCCCGGCUCAGGAAGCGUCAGGCUCAAAUCUUAUAGAGGCACUUUUUGCAUGAACUGACAUCUCCCCAUUGUUAAUGUAGCUUUACCUGUUCAGUGUCAUAAUGUUAUUUAUUUACAAGAAUUUAUAUACUGCUUGAUUGUAAUAAAACCUCACAGUGACUUACAACAAAUGAAUAAUAGAACAAGUGCCCUAUUGGAUCAGAUUAAAGCUUUAUCUAGUCCAACAUUCCCAGAGUGGUCAGCUAGAUAUUUCUGGGAAGCCCAUCAGCAGAGUCUGAAGGCAAUUGCCCUCUUUGCUUUUGCCUCCACAACCCCCCACCCCCAGCAGCUGGUAGUCAGAGACACAUAGCUCAGCAAUAGGCAAUAGCUCUGCAAUAGGCUUAUCUGCUAUGAAUUUGUAUACAGUGGUACCUCGGUUUAAGAACAGCUUAGUUUAUGAACAGCUUGGAUUAAGAACGCUGCAAACCGUGAAGUAGGAGUUUUGGUUUGUGAACUUUGCUUUGGAAUAAGAACGUUUCGCUUCCUGUUGAGUGUGUUCUAUUUGUAAAUUUAGUCCCCCGCUGCUAUGGGAAAGCACGCUUUGGUUUAAGAACGCUUUGGUUUAAGAACGGACUUCCAGAACGGAUUAAGUUCAUAAACCAAGGUAACACUGUAAUUGCCUUUUAUAGCUAUCUAAGCUAGUUGCAAUCUCUACAUCUUGUGCUAGCAAAUUCUACUUGUUUAUCUAUGUGCUAUAAUCUGAAGAAGAACAUCUGCAUCUACUGCCAAUCAAUUUCAUCAAAUGAUCCUGAGUUUUAGUAUUAGAAGAGAGGGAGAAAACUUAUCAGUCCCCUUCCUCUGUACUAUCCAGAAAUUAACCGUCUGCCAUGUCUCUGCUCCCACCUGUCCAGGUUGCCUCAUUCUAAACUGAGCCCCCAAUGCUCAAACAUUUCCUCUUGAAAAAGGUCCCCCAAAGUCGAUAAACGCCGCCAUUCAAACGGUGUGCCUGUGCCGCAUCUUGUGAUUGAUUAUGCGAGGUGUGGUUUACCUGCCCCCCAGUAUUCAAGUUCGUAUGCCUGCCCCUCAUAAUUUAGUGUAGUUUUCUUUUCUAGCUCUCAGAUAUCCCUUUUAUGGUAGUGACUACAACUUUACACAGUAUUCUAAAUGUGGCUAUACCACAUUGCUAAACAUUGGUUCUUUCUCAGUUUUGAAAAUUUUGGUUUUUUUCUCUCUCCUUGAGGUUUUGAAUAUGAUUAAAUAUAAUAAAACAUAUUACAGGGGUCAGCUAAAUUUUUCAGCAGGGGGCCGGUCCACUGUCCCUCAGAUCUUGUGGGGGGCUGGACAGUUGGGCUUCUCCAGCUAGCCAGGCCCCAUGGCAGGGUAGGAGGCUGUGUUGGCUGGCGAAGACAGAAGCAGCAGUCCCAGCGGAGGAGCCGCGGACGGAGG